GCGACACAAAAGAGUAAACGAACUUACUACAAAUACUUUUUAGUACAAAGAAACAAAGUUAAAGUGAUGAUUAUGAAGAAUUAAGUAAUCUUUGGAGUGAUUAUGCUUGCCAUUUUUGUGGUUUUCUUGGACUCCACAAAAGUAGAAGCCACGAGGAUGUUAAGAAUCACCUUCGAUAGUGAUAUCCGGUUCGUGUUCGAGUCCUUGCAGAAGGGUACGGUCCCUGGAUCUGGUCCUAACCGUUGCUCUCACAUCCCCAAAGGCUCGGGUUCGUGCCACGGAUGAUCCCUCUUGUGAAUCUCAAGCUUGAUCUCAAUACCAAAAUUUGGACUAUGGGUGGAACUUUUUGUAUUCAUUUUUGUUGUAUACGAGAAACUAUGCUUUACAUGUUCUUGUAAGUUGUAACAAAGCUAUGAGAGCAAAUUUGUUUGAAAGUAUAAGUUUGUUUAACAAAUUUGUAAUAGUACUGGAAAUGUUUGAUAACCGGAAUAAUAGUCUUCU